GAAGACAGUAAUACUGGUACGUCAGAUGAACUUGUUGAAGAAAUGGAUAAACUUGUACUUAACGAGACCAGGUGGAGCAUCUUCUCUCCAGACACUGCAAGUACUACAUCAUCAUCAUCUUGUGACGUCACCGAUGUUUCUUCUUCAUUGGUUGCUAGAAGAAAAAAGCUAAACGAAUAUUUGGAAGCCUGUAAUAUUCAUCCUUUGAAAAGACCAAUGUCAAAUUGGGACCAGACAUCAGAGCGCACACAAGAACGAUACAUCCAAAAAACAUGUGAAAUUGUCUUGUCAGUGUUAAUUAAAUGA